AUGAAGGUGUUCGACGGUAUCAAAUUCCUCAUAGUGGAUACCCACGAUGAAGUUUACCUGGUACAAUGGAUGCAGAAGCUCAUUAGUACCAAUGGUGGAACACACAUUACGAAAUCGCCUGAAAACACCAAGGGAAUCAUAGAAAGGGACUCCAUUUCCCACAUAGUCAGUAGUACCAGUGACUUUGCCGAGUUUGGACGCGCGUCUGAGCUCAUGGUGCCAGUGACAAGACCCGAAUGGUUACAAGAGUCUCACCAAGCUAACCAGAGACGAAACUACAGACUCUUUGCACCCCUGCCACUUCCAUUCAUGGACAAGGUGGUGCUUUGCAUCGCAGACAAUCUUCCUGAGGGCGACCGUGACGUGAUCUACACGGCUGUUCGAGUGUUUGGCGGCCAAUACUUAGACGCGUUGUCUCGAUAUACCACGCAUUUGGUGGCCGUGGACCUUUCCAACAAUAAGAGCGUGGUGGCAGCCAACAUUAAGAAGAAGGAAGGUUUGGAGAUCAAGAUCGUACUUCCACAUUGGAUCGAUGAUUGCUUGAAGCAGCAGAAACACGUCGAUGAAACGCCUUAUCUUCUAUCAGACCCAGUGGUACUCCAGUCUGGAAAACCCAACUUUGCCACAGACCAAGAAGACGACGAUUUGGAACUCUCUGGCCCGUGUGACAUUUUGAAGGGCAAAACUCUUUACUUGGAUGGUGACUACAAACUAAGUGAGCACUUGGUGGACGCCGUUUCCUUGCUUGUGAAGAAAUGUGGAGGAACCUUGACCACCGAAUUCGAAAUUGAGAACAUCGACAUUUACCUUGGAAAAUACAGGCAAGGCGACGAAUUCCGCCAGUGCUUCAACAAUUCUAACAUCGAAGUGGGAACCUUCCUGUGGCUCUGUUACAUCAUUCUGAGGAAAGAGUAUAUUUUGCCUCUAAAGUCUAACCUUCUACAUUUCCCUCUUCCAGAUCCAAUCAUUCCAGAAUUCCAGAAUCUUCGCAUCAGUGUCACUGGGUAUAGUGGAGACGCCAGGUACUACUUGUCGCAGCUUAUAGUGGCGAUGGGUGCAACAUUUACGAAAACGCUCGAUAGUCACAAUGACUUCUUGGUGAGUGCUAAGUCUAGUGGGGAAAAGUAUGACGCAGUGAAGAACAAGUGGCCCAAAAUCUCCCUUGUCAAUCACAUAUGGGUAGAGGAAUGUUUCGCCAAAUGGAAGUACUUGAAUCCAAUGAGCAAGAAGUACUCCGGUGUUGAUUUUGGAUCCCCCUACCUUGGAAAAACCCGUCUACUGAAGCAUGAUCUAAUUAAAUGGACUAGUGAUGGUAGCGAGGCGCUGGAUGUUGAAGAUAGCCUGAACGAGGAUGCCCACAACGACGAGGAUAUCUCUGACCACCAGGCCGUUGCCUCUGAGCAAGCAAGCGGAAUUACUAAAGAGUCUGCUUCUGCGACCUUAUCUCCCACACCAGCUCACAGCGACGAGAAGCAAAGUAUCGAAACGCCUAGUAAACAGGAUGAGGGGGAUAUAGUGGAAGUUCAUGAAGUUAUAAAUGUACCCACCCAGGUGCCAGAAAGAGCUGGUAGAUCAGCAAAGAAGAAGGCAGAGAUGAAGCUCCAUUCAGAUAUGGAAGAUUUGAAUGAGUAUCUCUCGAUGUCGAAGUCGCUGAGAAAGAUGAAGACUUACAUGGAAGAGCUUGACAAGUCAGUCGGAACACCGACCAAGAAGCGUGUAAGUGAUGACUUUAAAUCUGAUGAACAGGAUACCCCGGCUAAGAGAGCCAAAACUGAGUCACCAAAGGCCAAGAAGAAGAUUGAAAAGCCCGUGCAUAUGGUUGCCAUAAUGACGGGAUGUGAACAAGAGUUGGUCUUGAACCGAGCUGAGAUUGUCAAGCUUUCUAAGGUUGGAAUUCAUGUUGUCAAUGACACCAAUAGCAAAAAGCACAUAGAUACCAUUAUUGCCCCAAGAGUGCUCCGGACAGAGAAGUUUCUCAUCAGCUUAAGUAAAGCUUCUCAAAUUGUUCACCCCAGCUAUUUAGCGGAUGUCUUGAAGAGAAUAACGAAUUCAGAGACUACAUGGGAAGAAAUAUCCAAGGAAUUUAAUAUUAAGGACUAUUAUCUUGAUAAGGUGGUGCCCGUGAAACAAAUCAACGACGAACUAGGCAUCAAUGGAGUUACUAGCGGCUUAAUUAGCUUGCUUAAACAUGAAAACGGAUUAGUAUUUAACAGCUUGCAGUUGAACUUAUCAACGAAUUUGAACGGCGGAGCAACGCUCAUUGCGGGCAUUCUUGAAGCACAUGGCUUGGCCAAAUCUAAACAAAUUAAGCUUUCUUCAUCAACAUCGAAGUCUCAAUUAUUGCUGAACGAAGAUGGGAGAUGUAUCUUGAUUGCCCACAAAGUGAAAGACAAGAAGAUUGUGGCCAGCCUCCAAGAUGUCAUAGCAGUGGACUGGGACUGGUGUGUUAAAAGCAUCUUUCAUGGGAAGCUCGACAACUACAGCAAAUAUAGUGUUGGGAAAUAA